AUGGCUACUGAAUCUCGAGGAGCUUGGGGAAGUCAAACUCAGUUCAUUCUUACGUGUAUUGGAUUCUCCGUUGGAUUGGGCAAUCUGUGGCGAUUUCCAGCUACGGCAUACGAAAAUGGAGGAGCAGCAGCGUUCGUUGUGCCGUAUGUGAUUUGUUCUGCAAUUGUCGGUCUUCCUUGUCUCUAUCUGGAAUUUCUCAUCGGACAGCUCACUCAAUGCGGACCUUCCAAAGCGUUUCGCUAUAUAAUGCCGGCCGACUACUGCCGGCCAUGGCAAGGUGUUGGAUGGGCAAUGUCGUUGACGAGUUUGAUAACUGGAAUCUACUACAAUGUUGUAGUAGCAUGUCGGCUAAAUGGACAUCGUGCAAUAACAUCUGGAAUACUAAAA